UUCGUUGUGGGUGUAAUGCGCGUGUGUGUGUGGUGGGGAGCACGCGCAGAGCUUCACUUGACUCCGAUCAGCGGGCACCAACUGGCGGCACGGCGGCGGUCUCCGUUAGGUUGCCUGCUGCAACUGAUAUCAUUCAACAUCCCCACACACAGCAAAAAGACCAUUGCUGAAGAUAACCACUAAGGAUGAGGGAGUCAGUCUUUGUGCUUAAGAACAAGCUAACUCACACCUGGACUAUCUGUGUAAUCUUAUAGCAAGGAGACGUGCAAUGCUUGUGGAAACUAACCUGCAUACGCUUACUGACAGUAGACUAACACAUUAGUAUAUCAUAACAAUGUAAACUGGUGUUGUGCCAUAAUUUAAUAUUUCUAGUCUCCUCUAGUCUGACAACUAGUUACAAGUGUGCCAUAUGCUGUGAGGGUGCGUACCGGUACCACCCAGCCAUGGGGGAGCUUAUCAUUCAAUGCACCCACUGUGGGGCCUCAUUUGGCUGUGAGAGGGAGUAUGACAAGCAUCCAUGCUUGGAAGAAGAUGUUAAAGUCCCUUUCAGAAUUAAGCUAGAACCACAAGAACAUGCAGAAAAUGAGGAAGGGAGAGAAGAGGAACAGGAGGAUCAAGAGCAAAGGACAGCAGAAGAGCAUCCGUCCAGCUCAUCAAAGGAGCAGAACACUGAGAACAACACAGGGAAGACAGUGAGGAUAAAGGAAGAACCCUGUGACUCUAUGGAUGUGCAAGAUGAGGAUCCUCUUGAUAACAUGGGUGCCACUGAGGAGCCAGAUAUGGAAACUGGAUUACAGCCAGAAAUGGAGUCCACUGAGGGCUCCCCUAACAAUGAGGAAACAGCUGAAGAGAUGGAGGCAAUAGACACCCCAGUAAUGAAGGUGACAGAUGCAGUUUCCAUUCGCAAUGAGUGUGGAGUAUGUGGGAAGCGGUUUUAUCGGCGGGAGGACUUCCUCAACCACACGACCAACUCCCACAAGAUACCCAGGCCAUUUCAGUGCAAGGUGUGCAAAAAGCGAUUCACUCAGAAGCACUACGUCACCCUGCACAUGCGGGUCCACACGGGGGAGCGGCCCUACAAGUGCAAGCUGUGCUCCAACACUUACACCCACAAGACCAGUUACACCAUCCACAUGAGGAUACACAAUGGAGAUCGGCCUUACAUUUGUGGGAUAUGCGGGAAGAAGUGCUAUGACAAGUCUGGCCUGACAAGCCACAUGCGUUCCCAUACCAAGGAGACGCCAUACGAGUGUGAGGUGUGUGGCCGCAGGUUCACACACUCCAAGAGCCUGUUGGUGCACCGCAGAAACCACACUGGUGAGAAGCCAUACAAGUGUCAGUACUGUGGCAAGUGUUUCCGCCACUGGCACAAGCACAAGAUCCACAUCCGCCUGCACACUGGGGAGCGGCCGUAUAAGUGUGAGGUGUGCGGCAAGGGCUUCCCCCGCAAUGACGAGGUGAAGCGACACAUGAGGAGUCAUCAGGGAAUCAAGUCAUUCAAGUGUUCCAUCUGUGGUGUGUACUGUGCCACCCAGGCCAGCAUCACCGGCCAUAUUGAUCUCCACCACGCAGACCUCAGGCAGAUUCCCCUCAAUGCUCCAGAGAAGACUGUUGUAAAAAAUAGCACCUGUGGAAUUCUUGGCACCAAAGCACCCCAGCCACGGUCCAUCUAUAAGCCAGUGGUGAGUGCUUCCACCUCCAUCCAGUGCUCUAUCACUCCAAUCACCUCCACCCAGGCCAGUGUCAUCUCCACCACUGCCACUACUCAAAGUAAAACCUUCACUUCAAGGGCUGUUGCUAAAAAGAGUGGGAAGCAAACACUCAAAUCUGGGGAUGCCAAGAAACAAGGUAAAGAGGGUGAGAAAACCAAAGUACUCAGCUACAAAGAAUUCAUUGAGCUUCAGGAGAAGUUGUUGUUGUGUAAAGGUCUGGCAGUGAAAAAUGCUCAAGCAAAUUCUGGUAUGGCCAAAGCAAAUAGCAGUAAUAAGAGUAACAAAGACAGUGCUCAAGGAAAGAUCUUACAGCUAGGUUCAGACUCUGCCACUGGUCAGGCAGCAGACGGCAUGCAAGGAAAGCAGCAAAUAAUGUUAUUGUCGGCAGGCAGUAAUCAAAAGGGAGAAGGUCUAAGGCUUGUGCUGCCUCAAGGUAUGGCUACAAACAAACAGGUCAUCUUAACCUCCCCCACAGCCUCAGCUGCACCCACACCCUCAGCCCAGAGCACAGUGGGGGGUCAACAGAUUGUCUUGGGUCAGCCUUCUGUCAUCUUGCCUCAGAGCCAGCUGAUGGCAGGACAACAAAUUAUACUGCUGUCCAAACCAGGUGUCCAACAAAAUUCUGUAAUGCUCUCUCAGCCCUUACUGCUGCUGUCUGGAGCUAAUAACCAGCGCAUGGUACUUUUACCCUCCAAGACAGGCUCAACACCUAAUACCAGCAAUUUACAGACAAUACUCAUCCCCUCCUCACUGGGCACCAUAACCACAGCCAACAGCACCAAGACGACAACCACCACCGCUGCCACGACAACUCCCAGUGUGGUGGUGAAGCAGGAGCCAGGGGAGCCAGCACCACCACCACUACCACCCCUUAGAAACAUUGUCCCCAAGGUUGUGAUAAAAGAGGAGCCAGGAGUAACACCACCACCUCCACCAGUGCAGCCAACACCUGUCAUCAAGCAGGAGCCACCUGAUGACCCGCCAUUCAGUAGUGAUAACUUUUGCAAUAUAAGGAUAAAGCAAGAGCCGCUGGAUUAGACCUCCUUCAGUGUUGCUCUUCACCAUUCUGUACAUAAUCAUGGAAGAUGGCCUUUAUUUUUUGCGUGCUUUGAUUCUUUGCUUUGUCAGGGUAAUUCCAGAGUUCAUCCAAAAUCAAACUAGUCAUAAUUGUUGAUUUCUUACAUAUAUAUUUUUAUUUCUAUUGAAUUAUUCCUUUUGUACUUAAUGUCAAGAAUUGUUUUAUGUAAUUUUCCACCUUUUCAGGUAUCAGGAAAUUAUAGCUCAAGUAGAACAUUACUAAUCUCAGUAGUACAGUGAGAUUUGCCUACAGACACACAUGACUUCUUUUCAACCCUGUCCUCUCCUGGUUAUUCAAAGAGAAUAAAUUUUGUACUAGGAAUAGGCUUGAGGGCAUGAAACAGGGCCAGUGAUGUAUGAAUUAGCCAUUAUUUUUUUGAUAGUUGUUUAUAAAUAUUAUGGUAGCUUAGCUGUGCAUCUUGGAUAUAUAUAUAUAUAUAUAUAUAUAUAUAUAUAUAUAUAUAUAUAUAUAUAUAUAUAUAUAUAUAUAUAUAUAUAUAUACUCUAGUUUUUAUUUAUUAUCAACAUGGUACUUAUUUAUGGUAAUGGAUGUACUUACAAUUGAGUUCACUAGUCAUGUAAUAUACAUAUAUGGGGAUGUACUUAACUGUAUAACUAAGAGAGAUUUAUGGUAUGAUAAGUGGAAUAUUUAUUAUAUUAAUUUAUAUGGAUCAAAAGGGCAUUGUAAAGUAUCAUCAUUAUAUAUGUUAAUUUUAUAAGGUUUUAGUUAUAUCUGGAUAAAUGGAGAUGAUGAUUUAUAUUGGAUAUGACAGGACUGUGCAAACAAGAAUGGAUGUUUUGUCACUCUGACUCUUUACGCUAUACAUUCCAAGUAGUGAAGGAAAGACGUCCAGUCAGGGUCAGACGCUGAGCAAUCCCUCACACUCAUCCACUGUGUUAAGUGUUUCCCUCAGUGUUGAGUCCUGUGAUCUGGUAGAAGAUUAUCAGGUUUUGUAAGGAGAUUGUCGGCCAACCAAAGGAGUUAAGACUGAGGAAUAACACUAAAUACAUCACUAGAACAGCAGAUGUAGAACUGAAGGAAACCACUGAACAUUAUGGAAGUGAGUGCAGCAGGUUACUCAAAUUCUUAUCUUGUCUGAUCUUAUAAGCUCCCAUAAAGUGUUUGUCAAGGGUGCCGUUCCUUAAAGACAGUUGUUUAUGGUAUACUUUUUGUACGACAACUAAUGCUGCAUUGUAUCAUUCUUAUUGCCUCCAUUCAUUUUUUUUUUUUUUUUUUUUUUUUUUUUUUUUUUUUUUUUGCCAGAUAUGUUUUCAUCUUUCAUGUGUAGAACAUUCACUCAACACAAAAUUAUUCUCAGCUGUUACAGGGAAUGGUGUAGAUGUUACUGGUGUGUGUGUGUGUGUGUGUGUGUGUGUGUGUGUGUGUGUGUGUGUGUGUUUUUUUAUUAUCUAGUGAUUUGUUUUUGCAUGUCAUUCUCUUCAGACUGAUGUAUGUUGGAUGGAGAUGUUAUGAAAUUUUAGGUUCAUGCAAUGCUUUAUUGAUAGAGAGAGAGAGAGAAUUAUCAUGAUGUUUUGAGGGAAAAGAACAUUCUGAUAAGGAACAAUAGGAAAACGAAUACAAAAUAUGGACAAAAAAAAAUGGAAAAAGGCAGUGUUUCAAUGAUGGCAAAACCAAUUAAUUUUUCCCCACAGAACCAUCAAUCUAUUUAAUGUAGAGAUGGUACAAGAAUACCACUGUUAUUAAGUUGAACGGAGAUAUAUAUAUAUGGAGGCCAACAUGAGUUUAGCUUGAAUUCAUAAAUACACAUAAUUUUCUAUCUUCUGGAUUAAUAUACUUACAUCAUGUGACAGCAUAUGCUGGUGAAAUGCUAGUUCUGUAUAUUAAAAAAUUUUGUUUAUCCAAAUCCUCAAUAUCUGAAGAUCUAUGACUGAAUUUUUGUGGCUGGAUUCAAUAUAUAUAUAUAUAUAUAUAUAUAUAUAUAUAUAUAUAUAUAUAUAUAUAUAUAUAUAUAUAUAUAUAUAUAUAUAUAUAUUUAUAUAUAUACACAAGAGAUGGGCAAAACCUAAACUUACAAAUUACAUGCAUACUUCUCUAAAUAUUUUAUCUCUGGCCAAGCUUCGUAACCCACCUCUCAUCUGGCAACUCCUGACCUGAUCCACUGGAGGUGCCUCUGUUCUCAUGUUAGGUUGUAGGAGUCAGAGUCAGGUGUCUGAAUAUUUAAUAUAUUAUUCAUACUAUCCUCCUCCUUGUGUUACUGGGUUAAACAGAAUUUUACUGUACUGGGCAGCAUUGUAAAUUUGUAACUGUAUGCAUGCAAGUGAAGGGAAAGAUCAAUAUUUGGGUACCUGUAUAAGCAGUUGUGUGUAGCUUCUCUCCCUCAGGAGGGGAAAGGAAGCCUUUCCUGUGUGUUCAAAGAAGUGUGGGUGGGGAUCAGAUUUGUGGAGAAUUGUUCUGCAGCUUAUGUUUUUUAUUGUAGUGUUAUUAUUACUUUAUUCAUUUAUUUAUUUAUUUAUUUAUUUAAUUAUUUAUUUAUUUAUUUACUUAUUCAUCUAUUCAUCUAUUUAUUUACUUAUUUUUAUGAUUAUUAUUGUUUAUUUAUUUUCAUUGUAUUAUUAUUAUUGUUUAUUUAUUUAUUUAUUUAUUUUAAUUAAUUAUUUAUUUAUUUAUUUAUUUAUUUAUUUAUUUAUUUGUUUAUUUAUUUAUUUAUUUAUUUAUUUAUUUUUACUUCCUUAUGGUCUUAUGGGUGGUGUGAAUUAUUUGUGGUUAGUUAAUGUGUGUCAGGAAGUGUGUGCAGCAUAUCAUGGUACAGAAAGUUGUUCUGACCAUUUAUAUUUUGAUGUCUGAAGUUAUUUACUUAUUUAAUAAGUGUGUGGAAUAUUUUAAGGUAUUUAUAUUUUACCUUUAGUUGUAUCAUUAAAGUAUUUGUAAAAGAGGACAUAAUUUUAUGAUGACAUUCAUUGUCAAAUUGACAGGAACUAUUGUUUUGUAGGGAAAUAUUCUUGUGGACAGCUGGUCUUUCUGCUUCUGUUGUAAUAGUUUGUGUUGGUAUGGUAUGUGACAAAAACAAAUACUGAUGACAUUUAGUUAUUACUUCAUAUGUUAAAAGUACAAGCAUCAUAUAUUUUAGAAGUGAGAGAUAGGGGGGGAGCGUGUAUGUGUAUGUGUGUGCCCAUCACAGAACAAACAGUACUCUUGCAAUCAGCCUUCUGACCACUGGUGCAAGAUUUUCAGUGUCUCAGGUUUCUGGGUUGCUUUAUUUAGUUUAGCACGACGCAGUUUCUUUUAUUGAUCAUGUUCUACUAGUGUCAAGUUCCACAAUACUAUGGUUGUGCUGGUAUGAUGUAGGUACUGUAUCAUCUUCAUUCUGUCAUUGGCAUUCACAUUUUCAUGUUUUCCAUCAUAUUCAUUGUAAAAUUAACAUGGUUUCCCUAGUCAUGCACUCACAAGUUGAACCUAAUUGAUAUAAAAGAGUGAAGUUUUCUGAUCUUACUUACAUAAUGCACUUUUGUUAAAUCACUCAGUUUGUACACAUAUACCUAUAUUCAUCACUACACACACAGGUUUGUAUGUUCCACCCAUACAUGCAUUUUGGCAGUUAAUUUUCACUUUUGUAUGUAGGUAGCCAGGAAUCAUGUCCCAUUAAAAAGGUAUAAAUACAUAUAACAGAGUCAACAAGUUUGUUCCCAGUAAUCUUCCUGAUCUGUGCCUCCCCACAUUGUACAACCAACUUAUACAUUCCAUAAGUGUGUGAAAACUAUCUCAAAAUUUAUUUUAUGUACAUGUGGUAAAAAAUUUAACUGUUUUAGAUUCAGUUUCUAAUGAAAUUUCGUGAACUAU